AAGAAAAAAGGUUGUAAUGGUUUAGAGAGAGCAGAAGCUGUGUGGAAGACUCUUUGAGAAUCUGAGUACCACACCGGAGAAACCGUGAACACGAAUUGUGCAACCGUGAAAUAUAAAACCCUGCUGCACCAUUGCAAUGGUAGGACCCAAGCGCCACUUCCUCCCUCUCAUUCUCAUCUCCCUCGCCGCCUUCAUCUUCUACACCUUUAACCACUUCUCUCUCUCGCCAGCCAUUGCUGAAUCAAACCACAGAUCCACUUUCCCAGACCCGAUUCCAACCUUAAUCCAUCCCAAUUUCAGUUUUGUUAUCAACGUUCUCGCCUUCAACCGCCUCGCCUCACUCUCCCGGUGCUUACGCUCCCUUGCAGCCGCCGACUACCUCGGCGACCGCAUCCACCUCCACCUCCACAUCGACCACUUCACCUCCGACAAAGCGUCGAGCGUGGACCCUAAGCUCCGUGAGGCACGUCGGAUCUUGGAGUUCGUGGACGCGUUCGAUUGGAAGUUCGGGGAGAAGGUUGUGCAUUACAGGACGGGCAAUGUUGGCCUGCAGGCCCAGUGGUUGGAGGCCUGGUGGCCCACUUCCGAUCACGAGUUCGCCUUCGUGGUGGAGGAUGACUUGGAGGUUUCCUCGCUUUACUAUGAGUUCGUUAAGACGGUGAUUCUCAAUUUCUACUACAACGCCUCCAAUUAUAGCCCUUCCAUCUUCGGGAUUUCGUUGCAGCGAGCAAGGUUUGUUCCAGGUAAACAUGGAAACAAAUUACAGUUGGAUGACAAGACAAGGCUUUUCUUAUACCAGUUAGUUGGCACAUGGGGUCAAAUUCUCUUUCCAAAGCCAUGGAAAGAGUUCAGGCUGUGGUAUGAAGAAAACAAGGCAAAGGGCAAUCGGCCAUUUCUUGAGGGGAUGGUGACUACGGGAUGGUAUAAGAGAUUGGGAGAGAGGAUUUGGACACCUUGGUUCAUUAAGUUUAUUCAGUCCAGGGAUUACUUCAAUAUAUACACAAAUUUUCUGCAUGAGAGAGCAUUAAGUGUUUCUUACAGAGAUGAUGGAGUAAACUAUGGGAAAACUGCUGGACCUGAUUCUAAAUUACUUGAGAAAAGAUAUAUGGACUUCAAUAUUUUGGAAAAGCAACCUUUGAGUAGUUUAAAAUGGUUUGAUUUUUGUUUUAGAGAAGUUCAUCCUGGAAAGGUUGUCACAAACCUAGAAGAACUUGGAUUGUUGCUUCACUAUCGGCAGAAGCGGGAUAGUGUCUUAGUAAAUCUUUUUGGGGUAUCGGAUGCUAUAGCAAGAAACUUACUCUGCCAUUUUGAGAGGCUAAAUAUCAGGAAUUACAUACUUGUGGGCCCUCCAUCUGACUCCUUAUUUGAUCUGGCAAGGAGGGGACAUCAUGUAAUUAAUGUUGACCAAUUUUUAAGUAGUGUUGGAUUGUAUAAACAUACUUGGCAAGGUUCAAAUUCUGAUUCCAUCAAGAGUAUUUUGGCAAAGAUCUAUGUAAUUAAGAAGUGUAUCGAGAAUAAAUAUAACACGUGGGUUAUGGAUGGGAACAUGCUUCUCACUUCAGACCUCUUUUCUGAGUCAGAAAAUCCCAAUGACGACUUCUUUGUAGCGAACAAUUUUGAACUCUUUUAUGCUAAAAGCUCAUCUUCUAGUGAGAAAAUCUGGGUUGAUGGAUUUGUCUCGAAGAUUGUAGCUGAGGUGAAGUCUUUGGCAGGAAAAGAUUCAGAAGCCCAUUAUAGGUUAAGCUUUGUGCACAUUGUAACAAAAUUAUUGGAACAGAAAGGUGCGAGGAUUAGAAGAGUUGAUGAGAGUUCUUUGGCCACGAAAAUUGGCUCUGGUAACGUGAGUGAAUCUUUUGGUGAUAAAAAGUUGCUAUACUGGUCAACUGAGAUAGAGCUGGAUUCAAUUAGUAAAUGGUUCAAAGAGUUGAAUUUGUGGAAUAUAGACAAUGAUUUAUCUUGCACCGCGGUGGUCUGUCACAAAUCAUAGCACUUUAUGGCAGUCAGUAUUUAUACAUCUUAUUUUUUAACAUACAAUGAGUUGGCCAAGCAUGAUGUGCCUGUGAAGCUUGUUAUAGACUAUGCAAUGGCGUAUACUAUGGAUGAGGUUGACAUAGUUUUUGUUGGGGCGGAUGCAGUUGUUGAAAGUGGUGGUAUGAUCAACAUGAUGGAGACUUGCCAAAUUGCAAUGGUCGCUAAGAGUAUGAACAAGCCAGUUUAUGGGCUGCUGAAAGCUACUAGGUGCGUUUGCUGGCAUCCUUCUGCAUAGUAGUUAUGAUAGUUUAACUCAAAUUAUUAGUGUUUAACAUGGUAAUAGUAGUUAUAUGCCUCCUCAGUAUUUCAAAAUGCUUUUCACUGAUUUAGGUGUUCUUACUCCAUCAGUGUUAAUGAUGAACUCAUCGAGUUAUACUUGUAGCUAUCUCUGUAUAAUUUUCUUUCUGUUUUAAAAUGUUGGUCUCUCUUCAA